GCAUACCCACAUCCAUGGUGUAUCGCUUGUAUUCCCUAAGCUACCCUGUGGCAAAUAUCCCCCCAAAGAGCUUGUGCAACCUGGAAGAAAAGACAAAAACACUCUCGAUUCCCCAUAAAGAAAUUCUGAUGUGGCAAAGGAUCUUGGUUACCACCCUGCAAACAGCCGGAAGGCUAGUGUCAGGAGGGAUUCCUCCAGGUCAUUUCACCUAUCUAUUUGUGGAUGAAGCAGGCCAGGCUACAGAAACAGAGUGUAUCAUCCCUUUAGCAGGUUUACUGGAUCCACAAACAUGCCAGUUAGUGCUGGCUGGAGACCCUAAACAGUUGGGCCCGAUCCUCUCAUCCAUAGUAGCAGAGAAACAUGGCCUAGGUGUGUCAAUGUUGGAGCGUCUGAUGAACAACAUUGUCCUUUACAAGUCACAUGAGACGCAUGGGUUCAACAACCGCUUUGUAUCCAAACUACUGAGGAACUACAGGUCACAUCCUGCAAUUCUGAAGAUUCCCAAUGAGCUCUUUUAUGCUGGACAACUUCAGCCUUAUGCUGAUAAAGCGACAUAUAGUGCAUACUGCGAUUGGGAGUGCCUGCCCAGAAAAGGUUUCCCUUUGAUCUUCCAUGGAGUGGCAGGUACUGAUGAACGGGACCAUAACAGUCCCUCUGUUUGCAACAUGGCGGAGGUGGAGGUGUUGAAGGAUUACUUAAAAGCCCUUGUUCGGCAUUUUCACAAAAAGGGUGUGACCAAAAUUGAACCAAAUGAAAUUGGCGUCAUUACCCCGUACAUAAAACAGGUGGAGAAAAUUAAAAAAGCCCUUCAGACGGACAAAGAUCUCAGGCAGGAAAACUUAGAAAACAUAAUGGUCGGUUCAGUGGAGAAGUUUCAGGGUAAAGAGUGCAGCGUUAUUCUGGUGUCUACAGUGCGCAGUUAUCCCAAACUGACUGCACACAAGCAACAAGUUACUAUAGGCUUUGUUGAUAAUGAGAAGAGGUUCAACGUAGCAUUGACCCGAGCACAAGCCUUACUGAUUGUGGUCGGAGACCCGAGAGUCUUGAAAACUGAACCAAUCUGGAACAAAUUCAUCCAUUACUGCUCUGAAGAAGGGGGUUACCGUGGCAUUGCAGUGUCUGAUGGAGAGGAAGAGGAAGAGGAAGAUGCACUGCCAAAUGUACACUCAGAGUGACUCUGUGAAGAGUGAUUCAGAAACAGCUGCAACCAUGUUGAAGGAGCAACACCCCUCACACAGACUGAAUAUUUAA